CUGCGCGCGGCCAGUUCGCUGUUUGCCAGCGCAGGGCAUGGGUCUACCGAGUCCACCGAGCGCCGCCUGUGUAUCCGACUGCCGGAGCUGGCAGAGCCACGUAGUCUCUACGAGUACGAUCAGGAGAGUUUGGUGCCGCUGCUGCUGAUUGCUCAACAUCAGAUUGCGUGUAUUGCACGGUAUAUAGUAGGCAGUGCUGGACGAGAGAGAAGAGCUGCUGUCAGUGAGGCUGCUGGAGCCGUCGCGGACCGCCCUCGGAGGCAUGCUCAAUAACAUCUCCGCCGGCGGCUCGAUUCACGGCAUCACAGAAUGGAAAUUUUUGCGUGCGCAGGAGCGAAGGACCUUCAUGCGCAGGACCUGAAGAGACACGAUAAAUUGGACGGCGUCCUGGGAGUGAAUCUGGGCAGUGGCCUGUCCGCUGGCGGGGGUCUCACGCUUCCCCAGGAAUUAAUCAUGACCAUGCCGGGGGCAGGUUCGUUCGAACGAGGCGCCUGCUCGGUCGGACAGGGAGACGACAAGCCGGCCAAGCAGAAGCGCCACCGGACGAGAUUUACGCCGGCCCAGCUGAACGAGCUCGAGAGGUGUUUCAGUAAAACCCACUACCCGGACAUCUUUCUCAGGGAGGAGAUCGCCAUGAGGAUCGGCCUCACCGAGAGCAGAGUUCAAGUGUGGUUUCAAAAUCGUCGGGCAAAGUGGAAGAAGCGCAAGAAGACGACGGUGUUCAGGUCGCCAGGCUCGCUGCUGCCGUCGCACGGACUGCCGCCGUUCGGCGCCAUGAGCUCCGAGCUGUGCGGAGCCGCCGGCAUGUUCCACGCGCCCACCGAUCGAUGGGGAAUGGGUCCAGGUCUGGAGCAGCUACGCCAGGGCGGCAUGGGCAUGGGCGGCUUCGGCCAGAGCCUCGGCCAGCUGGGCCAGCAGAGCUCGGGGAGCCUGGGCUCGAGUCUGGGCCUGGGCAACAGCGGCCAGCUCAUCAGCAGUCCCUCGCAGACGGUCUACCAGGCCAGCUACGGAUUGAAUUCCCUCGCAUCGGAAAGAGGAUGGGGGUUCUGCCAAGGGAAUGGAUACAACGGACCUAGCUUAACGGCAAAAGGUGGCGUGCACAUGUCGGCGUCCCGAGGCUCACCGCCGACAGGCGGCGCCUCCAGCGUGGGGGUGGCCGGGGUGGGCUGCGCCGGCCAGAACUCGCCGAGCGGCAACAACAGCGCCGGGGCGCCGGUGACGGUCAGCGGGGGUGGCGCCGGGCCCGCGAACGCGGUCAACAGCGGCAACAGCAACAACAACGCCGGGGCCCCCGCGAGCGCCGGGGCCGAGAGCGCCGAGGCCACGGACUGGCGGGGAGCCCACAGCAUCGCUGCCCUGAGGCGCAGGGCCUCCGACGCCUCCCAGCAACAGCAGCAGCAGCAGCAGCAGCAGCAACAGCAGCAACAGUACAGCCCCCAGCCGCCGGGACCGCAGCCCCAGUACGGCCACGACAUCGAGUACAGCUCGGUUUAUUAACUUUGUUGAGCUAUGUUUAAGUAAAUACUGUGUUAUAGGUUGUUUUACUCUUCCGUUAUUGCAGGGUUCGCUCGUUCGCGGGCCGCGGCCCUUGCUCCGAGCUGCGGGACAAGGGCCGCCGGCCGGGCGAAGCGUUAUUGUAUUGCGGCAAUAGAACACGAUACGCGCGACUCUUAUUGAUUGUCCUUGAGAUUUUGUUGCGGGGAAUGAUAUGACACGUGACAAUUCUCGCUCGGCCCUCGUAUCGGCGGGGCGGGCGCCACAUAAUAUACCUAUAUACUUUGCGUCUCGGUAAUCGAGAGGCGAAACGAAAUGUAUACGACGAGUUACCUUAGUAUCAUACGUGGCAUUGUAAAUAUUAAAAUAAUAUAGUUGAUAUAUAGCGGGAGGCACGAGGUGCUGCAGGCUUGAGGAUAUACGGUAUUACACUGAUCGAGGCGGGAGUCGUGCAAUGUGCUGAUAUGAAGUAUAUAGUGAAAAAGCAAGCCGAUAUGCGGCGGAUCGGGAUGGAAGCGUUGAUUUUCCCUGCGAGACACUUUCACGCACCGACUCUUAUUCCUUUCCCCGAAAUGCGUAGAUUCUACGUUCGAACAGAAAAAUUGAUUAAAAAGGAUGUACAUAAUUAUACGCGCGAUGAAAAAUCAACGCUCGGAUCUCGCUUGCGAUCGGAGAUGGGAGAGGCUAUAUUAUUAACGAUAUAGUAUAAAAAGGUUGUCGCACAUAUUAUUAUAAAAAAGUAUGUAAUACUGAACCGAGUCAUUGCACGCGUGUACGACUUUAACGAUAGGCAACCUUAUUAUAGAACGAACGACCGAUGAUACACGUGCUCCGACGCGUGAUUUUUCGUCUCCCAUUUUGAAGAACAAAGAAACAAAAUCAUUGUUUGCGCUUGAAUCGGGAAAGAGAGCUCGCACACACUUUUCAUACUUUCUUACGGCUUAUAGCGACGUAUAUAUUGGAUAUCAUAUUUUUGAUUGAAAAAGUUUACUUGUAAAGAGAGACGAGGAGCGGAGAGCGAUGGUUAUAACUUUUUUAAAUUACAAGCGCAUGUAUUGUUCCAUCAUGUGUCUCAUUACACACACACACACACGCGCGCGCGCGCGCGCACACACGUACACGCAGUUUUCCAUGCCCAAACCGUAUACCCACAUCGUAAUAAGGCAGAAUAGCUUAAUUGCAAUACGAUAUAGUUAACAAAUUAUCACACUUUUCUCUGCUAUACAUUUAAGAAUACCGCGGAAACUGUCUGGUCAUAAACUUUAAUACCUUGACGUAUUGUGAUAUUUUCGGAUGCGCCGCUUUUUCCUCUAUCCUAUAAUAGGCGUCCAUCCCGCACACGCACACACUUACACAAAUAUACACGAAAGAGAAAAAGAAAAGUAGUACAUAUGAGACGCUAAGGAAUAAUAAAAGAGAGAAAACGAACUAAAUCAGCAGUGCGACUCGAGUGCAUACGUAGUGAAACUGCGCGUCUGAUGUAAUAGGGAGCUGCGAGAGCGCGCAGGAGAGAGAAUUUAAUUGUGUAACGAUGAAGGCGGCCGUUAUCGCAAGUUAUUCCAUAGUUAUAUUAUACGAAUUUACCGUAGAUGCUAAACAAAGUAACGUUAAAGCAAACAUAUAGAUAAACAAGAAGAUUACACACACCCGCACAGAGUGUGAUAUACACGCGUGUACGCGCGCGAAUAAGUUUAUAUAGAUAGUCGCGCGUGUGCGGAACAAGACACUCACACACGUACACCACGUGAAAAUAAAUAAUUAGCUUUAGGCUGUACUGUCAAUGUACUAACGAGCGUAUACGAUUUUUCAUGUACAAACCGAUGAUCCGAGUAUGGGAGUUUUACGUGCGCAGCAACGUUCAUCAUAUAUAUAAAUAUAUUGUACGAUGUAUUUUGGCUUUUCGCGGCGCCGGCUAACGAGGCGAGUGUUACAUCGAGCUGAACUCAUCUCGCGAUGAAUUUUCACUCGUAUACACAUCGGCCCCGUGUAGCGUCGCCGCGGUUUACGAUUAUUCAUUAUACUGUAUAUGCGGGAUACACCGACACACACACACACACACACGCGCAUACGCCCACCCACCCACAUGCACACACACAAAGAAAGCGUUGUACGUUAUAUUAUAUAUAUAUAUAUAUAUAUAAAAGUAAAUAUAUUUAUUUGCGCGAUGAUUUUUCCAAGACUGACUCACACACGAAGGUAUAUGUUAAAAGAGGGCGAAGAGGAGGAAUAUAUAGGGUGUUUUACUUUGCUAAGAGGUUCUACGAUAACGGCGAGUGUGCACACGCGGGAGUAUACGAAACACCUCCAGGAUGAUGAUGAUAUAUAUAUGCAAAAGAAAAGAAAAAAAAUGUUCCCUAAUAAUAGUACACUUCUUAUAUAGUGGCACCGACCGAGGCGCGCGUUAUAUAUAUAUAUACGAUCUCCUGGAUGGCUCAUAGCGAAGAUUUUAAGGAAAAAUAAAGGAACUUUAAUUUUCAUCGUUGUAUAGUUGUGUAUAGAAGUCAGCUGAGUGUGUAAAAUAAAUCAUUAUUAAAAUA